AUGCUUUCAAGAUUGACACAUCAAGAAUUGCUACAAUUGGCGAAAAGAAGCUGCAUCCCGCCACUUCUUCCGGAGUUUCAUAAGGGUCAAUGUGGGCGAGUAUGCGUGAUCGGCGGCUGUGAGGAUUAUACAGGCGCACCCUACUUCAGUGCACAUUCUGCUGCGUUAUUCGGGGCGGACUUAACGCAUGUAAUGUGUGAAUUGAAUGCUGGGACCGUGAUCAAAAGUUACACACCAAACUUGAUGGUGCACCCGUAUCUUAGAGAGGGCAACGCGGGAAAACCUGAGAUGGAGAAAGUACAUGGAUUGCUGGAUCGUAUGCAUGUAUGCGUGGUGGGACCUGGCCUUGGACGCGACCGCACAAUGCUAGAGAGCGUGGUUAACAUUCUGGAGUAUCUGGUUACGAAACACAAGGGUGCGAUCCCCGUAGUAUUGGAUGCAGAUGGACUGUUUUUGGUUUCCAGCGAUCCAUAUUCCAAGCGGGUCUGCGAAUUGCUACGCCAAUUUCAGCCGGGCCGCGUGGUACUAACACCCAAUGUGGUAGAGUUCGGGCGCAUCGUGGAUCGUCUGGGGGUCAAGACAGGAGCUGACGUGGCGCGUGAGCUGCAAUGUGUGGUAGUGCAAAAAGGUGAUAAGGAUCAGAUUUGGCACAAAGACGGCUGUCUUACGUGUUCCAGCACGGGCUCCUACAAGCGUGUUGGAGGACAAGGCGACACACUGACCGGAGUCAUUGCCACAAUGUUGGCGUUCAGCCGUGCUGUGCACGACUUCAAGAUCUGGGAGCCUACCGAAAAGCUUGAAUGGGGUCAGAUGGUUGUGCUCAGCUGCUAUGUUGGCAGUUCUAUAACGAGAGAGUGUGCCAGGCUCGCCUUCGCCCAAUGUGGCCGGGCGAUGCAGACGACAGACGUCAACGACCGCGUAGGGGAGGCAUAUGCCACCCUUUUAGAUAAUGAAUAG